AAUAGAAUACACAGUAGAAGUUCGAGCACUUCAUCCCCAGUCUCGUUUAUAGAUAGUAUCGGACUAACUCGAAGUCAGAUAGUAACGUUUGAGCGAUUACGUUCAUCUCUAGCGUAAGUUGUUUUGUUUCCUCACCCUGUCCCAUGCAGUGCUAGAAGCUCUGGUUGCCAUGGCAUUGUGCUAAACUCGCGGCCCUGCUUUUAUCCUCCAAGUAAUGAGGAUAUUAAAUCAAAGAUUGGUGGAGUAGAAGAAUAAAUCUGGGCUUCUAUGAGUGUUGAGGAAACAUCCAAAAGAAUCGGUUGGAUGAAGGGAUUUCUCCCAUAGGGACAGGGUAGUCUACUACGUUGAAGAGAAAGCGACAGGCUUUCUAAUGGCGUCCAUACACGAAGUUUGAUAAUUUCGAUUUUCAAGGUCUUUUGAAAUUAAGUUUAUAAAGCUUCGAGGUAAAUAAAAAGUAAAACAACAAGAGUAGACAGAGCACAUGUUUGGGUGCCAGAGAAAAAACGUAAUGUAGAUCUUGUAAAGAUUAAAACAACAGGCUAAACCACUGAUUUUCGUCUAUCCGAACGUCUACAUAGAUGGCGCUAACCUAAAUUUCCAAGCUAAAAGAACAGGGUGUGGAUAAUGAACCAAGUCAUAAGACAGCAGGUGCAGCCAAACAGAAUAUUCCAAAACCUUCCCCAAGAACGGACAGUUACAGAUUGUCUAUGGCCAACUUAGAAUCUAGCCAGGAUGGAGAGCUGGAUGCAAUAUUAGGAGAGCUUUGUGCUCUUGAGUCCACUAUUAACACAGAAAUGCCUAGAGGCCAUGCCAGGAGUGUUUCGGGAGUGACUGAUGGCUUGAGAUUAUCAAAGUCUGCCACUGGAGUGACCCUAGAAGGCCCCGGUGCUGUUCAACAGCUCUCUUGUCAUUACAGUUCUGCUGGAACAAAGUUUGAGACUCAAGCAGAUAUGUUGGAAAGGGAUGAAGGAGGACGAGUCCAAAAACAGGAGUUUGGGCUUAGAACUGACAGCCCAGAUAAUGAUUCAGCUUUUUCUGAUAAUGUUUCAAUGCUGUCUUCAGAAUCUUCAGCCUCUUCAGGAGGUGGGGCCAUCAGAAGUGAUGCUUCUAGUCAGAAUAUGUACGGACAGAGUGGUCAUGGACCCCAGAUUACAGUGUCCUCCCAGGUAUUGUAUAUAUGUUCAGAAUAUAAUGUAAAGGACUACAUGGUAUCAAACUGUUUAAUGAUAAACUUAAGAU